AGCUGCUCCCGGUGAUGACGCGGCGUGGGUUACAGCUGUGUAAAGAUGGCAGCUGACAUCACUUUGCUUUUUCGAGCCAGCGUUAAGACUGUGAAAACUCGGAAUAAGGCUCUCGGAGUGUCCCUGGCGGAGACCGACAUCCUGAGGAGGAACCGUCCGCGGGGAGAGUUCAGCGGCAAAGCCCGGGAUGUGAUAACCAACAUUGGGAAGCUGAAGGAUUUCCUCUUGGAACACAGGAAGGAUUAUAUAAAUGCGUGUAGUCCUGUAGCAUCGGAGCAUUCUCGCAUGACGGAUGCAGAGCGGGAUCAAAUCGACCAAGAUGCACAGAUAUUCAUGAGAACUUGCGCUGAUGCAAUUCAACAACUCAGAACAGAAGCAUGCAAAGAAAUGAUCCCUUCGCAGGUCAAGGAGCACCGGAACGCUGUUUUGGAUUUCAUAGAAGAUUAUUUAAAACGAGUGUGCAAGCUGUACUCGGAGCAGCGAGCCGUCAGGGUAAAGAGAGUGGUGGAUAAGAAACGGCUAUCCAGGUUAGAACCGGAACAACUAAAGAGAAUAAAGACGUCCCUCCCGACAUCAGAGACCCCGAAACCGCAGGAUACGGCAGAGGAAGGAAGAACCGUUACCGAAGAAAAUAACGACAGAGCCGUACCAGAUCUACAGGGAACAGCCGGGUAUUGGGAUGAAGGUCGGGGUGAAGAUGAUCUGUCCCCAGAAGAAAUUCAAAUGUUCGAGCAAGAAAACCAGAGGCUUGUGAGCGAGAUGAACAGUCUGUUUGAUGAAGUAAGGCAGAUAGAAGGCAAAGUGGUUGAAAUAUCUAGGCUCCAAGAAAUCUUCACGGAGAAAGUGCUUCAUCAGGAAACCGAUAUUGACCAUAUACACCAACUUGUUGUGGGGGCAACAGAAGAUAUCAAAGAAGGGAAUGAAGAUAUACGAGAGGCCAUCAAAAACAAUGCCGGGUUCCGCGUCUGGAUCCUUUUCUUUCUAGUUAUGUGCUCGUUCUCAUUGCUUUUCUUGGACUGGUAUGAUAGUUAAUUGAGAACUAUGUUCCGUAACUAGAUCAUGUCUGCAGAAUCUGUACAGAAAAUAUCGUGUAAAUGUUGCAGCGAUUUCCCCAUCACAUGUACUUUUAUAUGCUAAUAAAUGUAAAAAAAAUAAACAUACAUAAAUGGUU